AUGGGAAAUGUAGAAAAAGACAUGCAAGCUACAGUGCCCGGCAAGCAAUUACUAAUCAGCAAGUGGAUUUACAAUGCAGACCUUGGAUUUACCCAAAAGGUUGGUUAUCGUCACGGUCGAUUAGUCAUUCCUUCUACUGGACUCUAUUUCAUCUACAGCCAAGUGUCUUUCUUAGAAAUGCUCGACAUCGCCAAGCAGGGUGAGAGUAAACAGCAGUCUACUGCUUCAUCGAGCCUCUCCCAUUAUCUCUACCGAUAUAAUAUCAUCUAUCCACGCGGAGGCGAGGAAACGCUCAUACAAAACUCUAUCACCAAGUGCUGGGGACACAAGAAAGCAUUCGGUGAAUACACGAGCUACCUGGGGGCUGUUUUCAAGUUGCGACAAGGUGACGAAAUAUUUGUGAAGGUUUCUAACCUGACAUUGUUGACCAAAGAUCACAAAUCAAAUUAUUUUGGAAUGUUUAAGAUAAAUUGA